GCGCGAGCCGCCCCGCGCCUGCGCGCUGCAGUCCACGCAUGGUGAGGCACGGGCCGCCUGAGCGUGCGCCUCCUGUGUCCCAUGACUGACGGAGUCUGCGUCCUGUACCUCGGCUGGCACCUGCAAGCGUGAAGGAGGCGGUCCACGAACUGGUGUUGCAGGGCGGUGGAGUGCUAGCGGGUCCGGUGUCCAGCAGGGAAGAUGAACGGCCCCAGCCCCAGGUCCAGCCACCUGUCGCAGCCAGUGGUGAAGAGCGUUCUGGUGUACCGCAAUGGGGACCCUUUCUUCGCCGGGCGCCGUGUCGUCAUUCAUGAGAAGAAGGUGUCCAGCUUCGACGUCUUUCUCAAGGAAGUGACAGGCGGCGUGAAGGCGCCCUUUGGGGCGGUUAGGAACAUCUACACCCCGAGGACGGGCCACCGCAUCCGGAAACUGGACCAGAUUGAGAGCGGGGGCAACUACGUGGCCGGGGGCCAGGAAGCCUUCAAGAAACUCAAUUACUUGGACAUAGGAGAAACCAAGAAAAGACCAAUGGAAGCUGUUAAUACUGAGGUAAUGCAAAUUCCGUUUUGA